AUGUUUUUAGCUAGUUUAGUAGCUAUACGCUUUGCUGGUCAUUAUAUAGGAAGCUUUAUAGACAUGGAUGAAAAUGAAACUCGUUUUGAAGCUGUUUUUACAGAUAAUGGCCACAAAUCUAUCGGAACAAUUCAAUCGACAUAUUAUUCUAACUACCUUCCAAAGAAAGUGAUGCUCGAGAAAGUCUCUGAUUUUGAUGACUAUGAUCUUUCAUUUGAAACUGAUGGAACUUAUAAGAAGAUCGCAAAAUUAGAAUUCAACUUAACAGGCAAAGAUGAAUACAUAUGCUCAUCAUUAACAGAUGAUAUGAGUCAUGAUGUGAAUGGUUUAAUUUCACCAAAAUCGAUCGAAUUUUUAGUAUUACGCCAUGAUGACCAGCUAUGGUUCAAGUAUGACUUGCGCCAAAAGCCAUCAAUGUUUUCAAAUCCAAUAGUUAAGGUUGUUAUUGGAGUAAUUAUUUACAUGAUAAUUGGAAUUGCUUUGAUCUUCAAAUUCUCGAGGAAAUCGAAGAAGGUAUCCAAGAAAGAAUAUUGA